GCAAUCGUGUUCCAGCACGGCGAGCGAAUAACCCUCCACAUCGGCGACAGGACAGCGGUCGGGUUGGGCCCCGACGCGAGGAGAGCCCGCAAGCAGCUCCCCGCCGCGGCUCAGGCGAGCGGCUGCAAGGCCGACGCGCUGUCGAAGCGCAGCACCGCGUUCAUCUCGCCGUCGCGGGUGAGCUCCACCUGCUCCUCGAG